ACGAGUCUGAGGAACUGAGAGAUAAUGCUGCAGAAGCCCUUGUUAAUUUUUCAGAAGACCAUUCAAUGCGUGAGACGAUAUCUGGUGCAUUAGAUAUUCCAUCUUUCCAAAAUAUGCAGGAUAGAUUGAUCCAGAUUCACGCUUCUGAUGCGCAUCUGGCUAUGUCUUUGAGACAUAUGACCAUUGAGGAGCUCCCUUGGGGACCUGCUCUUGCCUGA